AUGAAAGGGACAAGUGAUGACGAUCCCAACUCAGAGGAGGUUAUACCGAUACCCGUUCAGAUAUUCCUAUGGACGCAAACAACGCCAUUCGUACGGCCGAGACUUGGAAAAGUUCAUGAUGCAGAUUGUAUGUUUUGUCAAAGAGCUCCAGGACACCACGAAUUAAAAGAAGCCUGUAAGUCAUUUGAGAAAGUCUUAGUGCAGAAUAUCCGUAUUGAGUUGUCUUUAAGUUUGAAUGAGGCUAUUGAAGCAAUACCACGAUGGCGUCUCAUACAGGCUUCAUUCCCCCAUGUUAUGCAUGCCUUGGCUGCUUUGUUACACAACAGAGUAAAGGACAACAUGCAGUCUCUAGGCAAUGUGGAAACCAGAUUAUUGUAUACAUUACAUUGGAUCCUCCUUGAUGCAUCUGAUGAAUGUGCUGAGAAUGACUAUGAGAAUGGGAUUUUUAUUUCCAAUCCCUUCCACUACUUAUUUUCUGUACCUGCUAUGACUCUGUUUGUCUUCUUAUUUGCACCAAUAUCACACCAUCUUAAGGAAUCUGACUUCACUAUAAACUAUCGUCUUGAAAAUGGUUUGAAGCUGUGGCAAGCAUUAUGGGAAUUUAGGCACCCUGAUGCGCCAUGUUUCACAACACAUGUCAAACCUAAGCCUAAACCUUUAGGUGGAAAAUUCUCUAAACGGAAUCAACAUGGAGAUGUUUUCAUGGGAAGAAAAUAUUCUAAAGAGGAGGGUCCAGUAAGUGGAAGUCCACCAAGUCAAAAUAUAUCCAUGUCUCAACCUGAAGUGCCAGUAAAGCAAACUAGCACUGAAGAAGAACCCUGGCUCUCUUCACCGAAGGAUACAAUCUUCCCUGAAACAAUUCCAGAAGAAAGCUCUAGCACUGAAGAAGAACAUGUGUUUAUAUACCGCCUUCCUUCCGAACAAAACUUCGGUGGCGCCAUCAAGGAAACAUAUACUGUAUACGCAGCCGAUCCCAGCUUAUUCCAACUCCGAAAAUCUGACUCAACCAAACCAACUUUGCCUGGCAUCAAACCACUACCCCAAAUCCCUAAAAUGAGCUCAUCAGACAAAGAAUCACUAACAGAUAGUGGUGGUGGUGGACAAGGGCCUAAAGACACUCCUACUACUGAGAAUCCACCAACAUCGAAACAAGGCAAUGUAUCAGCAGCCACGUUUCUAGAUGUUGCUACAUUACGAUGUCUCUUUACAUCUCAAUGGCAAGAAGAAGGUGUAUAUUGGGCACUACAUUAUUUAUAUAAUAGGUUGCGAGAUAUUUGUGACGAUAUAUCAAAACAAACCCAGCCACGGAAAAGAAGCAACUCAUUACCUAUACCAAAAAUAGAAGUAUCUGUAUAUCAAAGUCCUGAUAUUAAAGAACGAGAUUCAUUAAAGAAUUUUAUGGAGGUGCCAGAAGUCAAAGACAUGUCACCAUUAAAUGAAAACCCAUUUCCAAACGCGCCAAAAAUUGAGGAGGAAUGUACUAUGUCGAGGCGCUCUAGUGAAAAGAUAAAACGGAAAAUGAAAAUGGCUGAUUUAAAAGCAUUUGUUGAAACUAAGCUACUCUCUAAAUCUGAGAAGGCACUAGAAAAAAUCGGUCAAGAAGACCAUAAGUUUUCAUUUCACACAGCCGUAAGAAUGCUAUCUGAUUACCACAGGAGCCUAGAUAAUGCUGACGAUAGGCCGAACUCAGCUCUCGGUAGCAAUUUUCCGCCAAUAGCUCCUAGAUUAACUGGUGAUUUUCUACAGUGUAAUCUAAUUAAAGGAAAAAGCAUGCCCAGUUUAAGCUGUCUGAUUGAUGAGCUAGCAUCUAAUGGAUACAUUGGCGAAAUCAAGACCGAAAGAUCCCACGGCCCUUGCAGUACUCUGCCUGCAAGUAUUCAGAAAAAGAAGAACCCCAUAAUAACAGUGACUGAACAUACACCAACGCCAUCUCCGGAUUAUCUCUCUAAAACGAGACAGGGUUCAAUGGAAUCUCAGAUAGAUUCAGUUAGCAUGCAAGGUUCCCAACACAUUCCUACUCCCGAGCGUAAACCAAGUUUGACCCGAUCACAAACGGACUCCAAUAUUACUUACGUAGUAGAAGAGAUACAAGAGGCACCUGGAAGCUUAUAUUACAUUACUAAAGAUGGGGACAUAGAUUUCCAAAUCGUUCUUAAGGCUGUCUACUCAGUAUCUAUUAUGGAUAGCUUCUAUAUAACCUUACGAGUAAUGGAAGUAAUGUUGAAUUUAGUUGAUACACUAAUGGAAAUCGGAGUUCACAAAAACUGGCAAAAUAACCUUUCUGAAGAUUUACAACCAGGUUCAGUGGAUCCAUUAUCAGAUUUUGGAAAAGAUAAUAAGGAAAGGGAUUCUGGUUUGCCUUGUGCACAAAGUCAAGAUUCCACUAAUAUAGAAGGUGGCGAUAGUACUAAGGAGAAGAAAGAGGAAGAAAAUCUAGAUUGUCCUUACUUCAUGAUUAUGAAUAUUAUUCUCAGACUGCUGCGACAACUGGGUUGCUCGCACGGGUGCACAAGCGCACUGCGUGGGCCCCAGGCGGAGUGUCUUCGCGUCCAGGCGCGGUGCUCAUUACGACAACUGCGGGCAGCGUCCAUACCCAAGUUCACCUUGCGCCUCAAGGAAAUGACCAAGUUCGCACCCAUACGCGAAGUACUCGAUAACUUGCACUCCACCAUUGGGUUUUGUGUUGAACCUGCUUCUUUAGUCUCGCCUAUGAAUCAACAAAAGCGCAACAACGCAAAAUCACCAGAAAUGAGUCAUUUACAAGCUGGGUACGCUACAAAUUUUGGCGCGACACAAGGCGCCAAUGCAAACAGAGCUAUAGAGACUUUCAUAAUAGAGUCAACGUUUAGAGUGCUCGUCACUAGGUUUGCAAUGAUGCACAAGGAAUUAAAAAUGCUAGAUAAUUCAGCAUUAUACAUGGAAGUUCGUUUACUUCUAAGCUAUGUACGAGAAGCCCACGGCGGACUGUUCCGAGUAGUUGCGUUCAGCGCCCUAUUAGAUACAGCUGAGAGGCCGGAUAGUCAACAGAAGGAGUCAAAUAUGCAGACAACACGAGUAAUAAGGCAUAUACCUCGUCCGGCAGAUGAUGAGCGUGGGUCGGAUACAGGUGCGGACUCUGGAUGUGCUGCAGAUGACCGAAGUCACAAAAAGUUUACGUUCAAGAAGAGAAGCGCUUCGUCUACUGGAGCUCAUAGCCUACUGGAAACGGAAGGUGCGGAGUCAGCGAGCCAGUCGCCGCUGUCGGUGCGUGCGCGCCGCCACCAGCUGACGCCGCGGCAGUCGGAGCGUGCUAUUCCUUCAAUCGCAGCUGCCGCCGCCGCCGCCUCCGCAGCCUCCGCAGCCUCCGCAGCCUCCGCCUCUUCCGUGGCCGAUCUCACGCCGCAUCACAAGCUCUCGCACUCCAAGUCCAUACCCUCCAAGUUCCACAUUAGCGGCAUAGUGAACUGGUUCCGGCAAAAGCCGCAGCACAGCCAGUCGUUGAUCCGCAACGGCGGCGGUUCUGGCGAGUCGCUGCCGAUGUCGGGCAGCAUGGUGUCCCUGGCGCGGCCGCUGUCGGCGCUCCCGGGGCACCACGCCGCGCGGCCCGUGCACGUCAAGCGCCGCGUCGGGUACACGCUCACCAGGGCAAGAAAGCGAGUGGAAGACAGACUUAAUAGAUUUGGUCUAAGAAAAAUGGGAAAGAAACGCGAUGGCAGCAUCGAGGAAACCAGCGGUGGAUACAUGUCACGACGCGGUUCGGCGGAGGGCGGGUCUGGCGGCGGCGAGUCGGAGGUGGUGGUCCUGAAGCGGCGGCGGCUGGUGGCGGCAGCGCCGCUGUACGCCGGCCUCGCCAGGUUCAGCUUCCUGCUGGACGCCACGCAGCCCGGCGCCACGCCUGAUGCACUCUUCAUGGCAGCUCUACUCGAUCUGCCUCACACUGUUGUAGUAGGAAGAGCCGCUAUUCUACUGGAAUGUGCCCAUUUAGUACACAAUUGUAACAAAGGUCAAUGGCCGUACUGGCUCAAGACGAAUAUUGCUAAAAAUACUAUGUCCUCAAGUCCACAAUUAAGACAGAGAUUAGCAGCCAAGCUUUUCUAUCAAUGGGCCGAGGCAAUAGGUAACAGAUUAGAAGAAAUGCUGGUAGAAGACAAAAAACAUAUUGAUACUGUUAUCAAUUUGGUCACUGAUCCAGACGGACAGCGAGAUCUUUUGCAGCAAGAUGAAGAAGAAGAUUUUCUAGAUGAAGCCAGUAUCAGGCUCCCUGGAAAAGCUAUUGGCGCCGAAUGUCCACGUGCUCUACGCCUGGUGGCCUGCGUACUACUCUUUGAGAUUACAGCCUUCCUACGGGAAACAUAUCAAAACAUACCGAAAUCGUGCCGGUCUUCAUUAAAGGAAAGAGGACCUUGGGACAGAGUUUACAGGGAAGCGAACCGCCGUUGGAGCAUGGCUCUAUCCAGUAUGGGACACUCCCAAGCUUCCGCCCAGAGCUUGCAGUCAAUUGCUUGCGCUGAGACUGAGAGAAAAAUCUCUUUUGUCAUUCACGAACCUGAAAACGUAUCCGGUGGCAGUAACGCAACGUUAGCAGAUGCAGUUCCAACUUCGGCGGAUGAUAAGAAGGGUCGCUUGGGUUCUCGAACUAAAGCGGGCAUGCAUCGGCGCAACACGCAACAGAGUCACGCAUACGGCUCCAUCAAACGUCGCUCAAUAAAACUGAGGCAGAAGGACACAAGAGAAGUCGAAGAGUUUAUUACUAGAAGGUCUGACUCUAUACAGAGCAGAAGGAAAGUGUCCUCGCUUUCUGAUAGAAGCGACACUUCAGAAGUGUAUCCAGGGACAGGGGGUACAGUGAUAAUGCCGAAUGAAGUGGAUAGCGGCGGCGAGGAAAGUCCAGGAGUACUUUCGGACGACCACGACCAUCCGCCUGAUAGUCCGGACAGCAACUCUACAGAUCCGCCGGACAACAACAAAGGAUUCCCUUGGCUUAAAGUAAUGGUGAAAUUUUUAAAUUCAUUCAACUAUGUAUGCUGCCAUCAAAACUUCUGUCAUCCUUAUUGCUUCCAACGAAAUAUGCGAGCUAGUGUGAGACUAAUGAAAUCGGUACAGAAGAUAUAUGGAGAAAAAUUUGGACCGGAAGUGCAUACAACUUCUUCAGAAGAGGGUGUGUGUGGAGGACGCCGCGGUCGCCGUACAAGGAAAUCAUCCGAGCAUUGUACUGAUAGGAUCGACCGGUCGGUGAUCGAGAGUGCGGGUCUGGCGUACCGCGCGGCCGGCGGAGAAGGCCCACCACCCGCGGAGGCUGCGCCCGCGCCGCGCCCCGCAGCUCUCCCUUACCCGCCGCCCGACCCGCCCGCUAUACUCAAGUACCUCAAGGGACAGGUGCGUGACGCGUACCACACACCGCUGGCAACGCUGAUAAAGGGCGCGACCACCAUGAGCGAGGAGAUGUUUGCAGAAUGCGCCCCGGUAGCCUGGCAGCUACUACUGGAAGCUGAUCGUGAGCUCAGCUCGUGCGCCGCAGCACUCUUUAUACUCGUCGCGGUAAAGGCUCCGCAUACUGCGUCCGAGAUCAUGCAUAAUGAUUUGAAGCACGCCGAGCCUGGGGUCAGAAUCAACGCUAUACUAAGAUUCCAAGUGAUGUGGAAACUUCGGUACCAAGUGUGGCCUCGCAUGGAAGAAGGCGCGUCUGUUACAUUCAAAGUACCGCCACCGGGUAUUGAGUUUACCCUUCCAUCGCCAAAAAUUGGUAUCGAAUCGCUGGCCGUCGUUGAUCCUCCGUGGAGUCCUCAAGUCAAAGACAAGGAUAUGGAAAUGACAUUAAAUCAAGAACGACAUCGUUCUUUGGUGACUGCAACAAAAACUCGCAAAAAGCAGCAAACAGAAGCAAUAAAACGUGCAUUACAACAACGCAAUGACAAAAAGAAGGCGGAACGGGAAAGUUUUCUAAUCACCACUAUACCCAUAACGAGGCAAGCGGCACGGGAGCCCGCGCUCGACCAUGCUGCUGAUGAUCACAUAGAACCACCAGCUGAUGAAGAGAUGGCGGAAGGUGUACGAGGUUCACAUCACACGCAAGUUGCAUCGGCCCUAUUUCCAUCUACUUUAUGCUCUGCCGUAGCUGAAAUAGUAUCCUUAUUGGAUGAUGCUGCAGUCUCACGGGAUGGUUGCUCUGUAUAUGAAGUCGCAUAUCAGGUGAUAUGGGGUUGCCUGGUAGAAGACUCUGCCCUGUUCCUUCGUCAUGUACUGGAGCGUCUAACUCGUGACCAUCAAGAUGAGAUGUUCAAACUGUUGCGUCAUCUGAUACGGUUCAUACCGCGACUACCGCAGCAGGCCGCUUUCGCUCUGUACAAUUACAUAAUAGGAUAUGUCAUGUUCUACGUGAGAUCCCCUCAUGAAGACGGACAAAGGCUUGUUGGUGCUGCGUUAUCUAUACUAUGGAUGGUCGUACACAGCGUCCAUGGUAUUAUGUUCAAAGAUCUAAAACAAAUACUUAGAAAAGAGCAGUGUGAUGCUUCCAUUCUACUGACUGCAAAUGUACCAGCAGCUAAGAAAAUUAUUGUGCAUGGACCAGCUGAUAAUGAAGGCAGCAUCCCCUCCCAAUUUCCAGUACAAGAGGACACGGUGUUCUCUCAGAUACUGAAAGAAUCGUUGGAUUUCUUCAGCAUUCCUGAGAAUUUACACCGCGAACAUUUUCUUGUCGAUUUUAAAACGCGUCAAAUACAUAAUCCACAGAGCUACGUGCGCGAUCAUUAUUUCUUCAAACGUUCGCAAUACCCACAACUUGGGCUCGUACAUAUGGAACCCGGAGAAGCUUUUCACAAACUUCAAAAGCAGGAGUUGUUACAGAAAUUUGUAGAGAUCGGCAAAGUAUUACUUACUUGGGCAAUCCUCAAAAACGUUGACAUGGUGGUACAAAGGGUGGUAUUCUUACAUGAUGAACUUAUGAAACUACCGUCGUUUCCACGUAAAGCGCUUGAAGUCGAUUUAGCGUUAUACAGUGGUGGAGAACUCGGUACUCUUUUAUUGGGUCUAGAUGUUCUACACAAAUUUAUGUGGGUGCGUCUUAUAGCUCGUAUGUUCGAAGCUAUGGCUGGCAACUUCACGUCCUCUCGAGAUAUCCACUUGUUUUUGAACGUUCUGAAUGGUGCACUGAUGUUGCACAGUGAAGAUUCAUUGAUACUUAGAUAUGUGAUCGCUACAUACGUCAAUGCUGCCUUUAACUUUAAGAGCAUAUUCUCAACUAAUGGCUACUUACUUAUAAUGCCCACAUUACUCCAAAUAUACUCAAACUUCCAAACAAACAAAUUGGUCACCACAACUAUCGAAUAUGCGGUAAAACAGUUUUACUUAUUGAAUAGGAAACCAUUUAUUCUUCAAAUGUUUGGAUCUGUAUCUGCCAUACUAGAUACAGAUGAAGAAUCCACAUAUGGAGAUGCUAGCAAAGUGCAAUCAAGCUGCCUAUUUAAUCUCUUACUAAGUCUGGAGACUCCAUCCCCGGAUCCUCUGCAUAUUGCUGAACUAAUUAAAGAGGAAAAACCAUUGAAGCCAAUUGAUUUUUGCUACCGCGAUGAAGAGGAAAUGGUCAACGUGCUGGAUUGCAUCAGCUUAUGCGUAAUGGUGGUGUCGUACUCUGCUGAGAGUAUGAGAGGAUAUCAAAUGCUUAUUAUCCUGGAAGCAAUAUUGCCUUGCUACGUGAAACAGAUACAGUUGCCAUCAUACAACAGAGAAGGGAAAACAGAAAAAGAGAUAAUUCAACAACUAGCCAUUGCAAUAAAAACACUUGUAAAUAACUGCGAGGGAUUGUCGAAGUCUUACAAUGGUCCCUACAGGACCUCUCCAGAACAUAAAGGCUCAUCGCAACGAGCCGGACCGCGUUCCACUGCUGCCACUAUUAUUGGCUUCGAGGAAUCGCACUCGAAGUUCGACAACAAAAUCCCUGUCCCAGAGUAUACUGGCGCUGAAGAUUCAGAGCUGGUACGCGCGGAGUACCGUCGUCCGCGCGAUGUGCUUCUGUCGCUGGUGGGCGAGUUCAUCGGCCGCGCCACCGCUCGCCUGCUCGAUCUCAACGGGUCCAAAGGCAGCGGAGGCAGCGAGGGCAAGCCAGUCGAACUGUUGGAUUGCAAGUCACAUGCGCGUUUGGCGGAGAUCGCACACUCGUUACUAAAAGUGUCCCCUUAUGACCCGGAAUCCAUGGGAUGCCGAGGUCUUCAGCGGUAUAUGACGCAAGUGUUGCCCGCCGGUGACUGGGCUGAUGACGCUCUUCGACCCGCCCUGAUAAUGAUUCUACGCAGAUUGGACAAAGUCUUUUUGAAGAUAGCUAAGAAGCCUAGCAUAAGGAGAAAUACGGAUUGGGAUUCAGCAGCAGUAUUGUUGAAAGGUGUAUAUGAAACAAUGAUAAGGUGUCCCUACAUUAUGCACUGGCAGCAAGUCAAAACACUUCUCAAUACAGUACAAGCGCUGAUUGUAUCGGAGAACAACAGUGGUGAAAAUCUAUCAUCCGCUACAGCAGCUUUGAUGUCCCAACCGCCUCCACCGCACUUCUGCAGCACUGUCGUUAGACUCAUCGCUUUACAAGUUAUUAACACAGGGGAUAGUUAUUCAUUGGAACAGAUGUGCGGAGGCAGCGCAAUAUUCCCAACCGCAGAAAAGACAGAAAACAUGCUAAUGAAUUUGUUUAUGCCACUUUGUUUACGAGUUGGCAGCGGUAGAAAAGACGUUCCACCGCUGCGUCAGUCGGACGUGUCGUACUUGGUGUCGGUGGUACUGAGUGCGUUGUGUCCGCCGGCGCCGGCUGCUCAAUUGGCAGCUGUUAACGCGAAGCUUAACGCGGCCGAUGCCCGCGCUAACUCGCUCACCUUCACCGGCAGCCGGGACAUCAGAAACACCUCGCGCCUCUCAAACCACACCUACAGGAUCGCCUUCCUUGCUUUGAAGGUGCUGUGCGCGUGCUUCACGAGCGAGCUGUGCUGUGAGUGGGGCCGCAUCGCCCGCGCCAUGCGCGACCUCGGCCGCCGCAACGAGGCAGCACACCACCUGUGGGACUUCCUCGAGCACGUCGUCACCUACCGCACGCCGCUCUACAUCCUGUUGCAGCCCUUCAUCGUGCACAAGCUGUCGCAGCCGCCGAUUGGCGACAACGAACGACACAUGCAGUUCGUGGUGCGGGAACGCGUGCGUGGAUUGAAGCUGCCGGCGGCUCGAGCCCGCGGCGCACUGCUCGCCGAACUAGCGCGGGAGCUACGCACCAUGCGCGAUACUCAUGACCAGUAUAAGUUCGAACAAAUAGCCGAGAGCCUGGGCCAGGCGGCCGGUGGCGGCGGCGGCAAGCGAGCGUCGGAGGUGUUCGGACGGUCGGCGGCCAUGCAGGAGAAGCACCAGCAGCACCGACCCUCGCUCAUCUCCAUGCUGGUGGGGCGCGGCGGAGCCCUGCCUCGCACGCCCGACCACCCGUCCGCGCCGCUCUCCGCACAGAGAGAAUCCCUAUCUAGCAGUUCUACUACAAGUCAGCACAUGCCCACAUUCGAGGUGGCCAUCAAUAGCGGCAGUGGUCGACUCAGUGAUACCAGUAAUGUCAACAAUUCUCACAUAGGGUCUAAUAAUUAUGGUAGUGACAGACCACUAGUUGGUACGCCGUCUUACGGAAAUAAUCAAGCAAGAUUACGCUUCGUACCAUCAGUCGAAUUCAAAUUUACUACAGGUGAGACAUCAAUAAGCCCGUUGUCCCCACUGUCGGGUGAAGCGAGCGUUGCGGUGCGCGCAGAAGCGGAGGCGGAAGCGGAAGCGACAGCCACUCCCACUGACAGUCCCGACGUCAGCGAACGACCGCGACUGCAACGCGCCCAGGGACCUUCUAAGAAAACAUUCAAAUUCCGCCGCAGUAGACAUGCCAAGCCCGAUGUGUCCCAUGUGCGAUUGGAGUCGGAUGAAUGCUCAUCACCCGGGGCGGAUGGCGGCGAUGGUGCAGACGUGACACCACUGCGGCGCGUGUGCGUGUGGCCGCAACCGUUACUGCAACCGACCAACGUGCACACCGACACGUCGUACGACAGCGAAAUAUCGCAGACUUCCUCCACCUCCGGAUACAGGGAGAGCUACAGCUUGCAGGCGUCGAUGACGGAGUCCCCGGGCGGGUCGCUGCGGUCGCGGGCGGGCGCGGGGGCCGCGGGGGCUGCGCUCGCGUCCCCGGAGGCCCGCAGCGGCAGCGCCACGCCGCACGCCAGCCCCGACGCAUCUCUAAGCUGCGACUCAGCAACAUCCUCGGCGGAACGGACCGCGCUGCUUGGAGCUGCCAGCCAACGCUCCUUACUGGGCAGCGAUCUUCGCGAUGAAGACACUCUACUUUAAAACUACAAAUGUAAUUCCACUUUGACAACAGCCAAUUUAGCUGUGGAUGGAACUAUUAAUAAAAUAGAUCAUACCUACUGGUAUUGCAUUAUUAUAAUCCUAGCUAAAAAUAUACUACUUCUAUUCCUGAUACUUUUAAGGAUUAAAAAUUACUAAACAUAUUGUAAUAGUAAUCAAUGUAUUAACAUGUAGCCAUCCAUAAUUAAAAAGAUCAAAAAUUGUAGUGUUGAUAGUUCUUGUAGCUACUUCUCGACCUUAGAUAGUUCCACCAGUUUGCACUAUAACUAUUAUUAAUUGUCAUUAUUAUGAUGAACAUAACAUGUCCACAUAUAGUGUAAGGUAAAACGUUAUCUAUAAAAAUGAAUGUUAAUUUAUUAAUAAAAACACAAAGAGAAAUAUAUUUCUCGUAGUGUCUAGCCAAAAAUGUGAUAAUUUCAAUUUAUAGAUUUUAUUCAUUGUUUGUGGUA